CGGGAGAAGAGGAUAAGAGGAAGCGAGUGGGACUGUGAGUGAGUUGGAAGGAGGGGGGUGGCAAUGGCGUUGCGGAAUGGUGGUGGUGGUGGUGGAGCCUGUCCCGCGGCGGUUGUGCUGGUGGCUGCGGCCGUCGCGGCGCUGCUGGGCGCCGGGGUGGCGGCGGCGACCAAGUUCGACGACGUGGUGCAGCCCAGCUGGGCCAACGACCACGUGGUGUACGACGGCGACCUCCUCAAGCUCCGCCUCGACUCCAGCUCCGGCGGAGGGUUCGUGUCAAGGACCAAGUUCCUGUACGGCAAGGCCAGCGCCGACCUCAAGCUCGUGCCGGGGGACUCCGCCGGCGUCGUCACGGCUUUCUAUCUGUCGUCGGCCGGGGACAAGCACAACGAGUUCGACUUCGAGUUCCUGGGCAACGUGACCGGCGAGCCGUACCUGGUGCAGACCAACCUGUACAUCGACGGCGUGGGCAACCGGGAGCAGCGCAUCGACCUGUGGUUCGACCCCACGGCCGACUUCCACACGUACGCCGUGCUGUGGAACCCCAGCCAGGUGGUGUUCAUGGUGGACGACACGCCCAUCCGGGUGUACGAGAACGCCACGCUGCACCAAGGCCACGGCCACGGCCACCACCGGCACGGCGGCGCGGCGGCGGAGGCCAACGGCACCAACACCACCACCACCACGCUGGCUGCUGCCCCGGCGCCGUUCCCCGGGCCGCAGCCGAUGGCCGUGUACAGCUCCAUCUGGAACGCGGACGACUGGGCGACGCAGGGCGGGCGCGUGAAGACGGACUGGUCGCACGCGCCGUUCGAGGCCACGUUCCGGGAGGUGCGCGUGGACGGGUGCGCCUGGGCGGGCAACGCCACGGACGGCGACGCCGCGGAGGCGCGCCGGUGCAGCGAGUCCUCGUGGGGCAAGGAGGGCCGCUACUGGUGGAAGGAGAAGGAGAUGUCGGAGCUGAGCGUGCACCAGAGCCACCAGCUCGUGUGGGCGCGCGCGCACCACCUCGUCUACGACUACUGCGUCGACACCGACCGCUUCCCCGUGCAGCCGCCCGAGUGCGCCGGCCGCUGAGCUCCUGACCGACCUACGUCGAUCCGUGCAUGGCAUGGCAAUGGAUCUCGUCGGGCGGGGUGGAAAUGGAACUGCUUGUUUCUCUCGCUGGACCGUGGGGGUUUGUGUUCGUGCGUCUGCAGCAAUGGUGUCUGUCUGUCUGUAGCUCUGUUUCCGCUUAUUGAAGGUCGCAUUGUUGGCGACCCAUGCGUGGGUGAACCGGCGGUGGUGUCUCUUGUAGAAACAAGUGAAUGGGAGGGAUUAUGGGAACGAAGAACGAUGCUGCGCUCCGUUUCAGAGAUUUGCUACUCCACUGUGUUCAGUGCUUAUGAUU